AUGAAUCCGGAGCCUACAACGGCCUCGGGACCCAGGGAUUCACAAGCCCCAGAGGCCCAAUACAACGAAUAUACAAAAGCAAGCCACAAAGGCAAAUUCCGCUUCAAGAGCUCCUCCAGACACCCCAAAGACUCCAAACAAGACGAAAAGCGGCAACACCGCAAGCGCAGCCACCGGUCGCGCACAGAAGAACCAUCCAAGCGCCGACACCGACACCGAGACCACGAGCACAACCACGAGCACAACCACGAGCACAACCACGAGCACAACCACGAGCACAACCACACACCAACCGACCCCCAACUGCCAACAGCAGACGCGUUUCGCGAAUCGCUCUUCGAUGCGCUAGGUGACGAUGAAGGCGCCGCGUACUGGGAGGGGGUAUAUGGCCAACCAAUCCACAAUUAUAGCGUGCCGCAUGUGCCGGGCCCACAGGGCGAACUAGAGCAGAUGACGGAAGAAGAGUACGUUGCGUAUGUGCGCACGCGGAUGUGGGAGCGCACACGGGAGGGUCAGCUUGCUGAGCAGGAGAGGCUGCGGGCUGAGCGGAUGAAGAAGAAGAGUGAGGAGAAGGGGAGGAGUGCGGAGGAGGAAAGGAGGGCAUUUGAGAGGGCUAUGGAUGAGAGUUUGAGGCGUGGGGCGGAGAGGAAGAGGGGGAAGGCUUGGGGUGGUGUUUGGGAGGAGUAUUUGGGGAGUUGGGAGGGGAUGAGGAAGCUUGGGGAGGGGUCUACUUCUCAGUCAUUGCGGGAUAUGAUUUUCUGGCCUGUUAGGUCUGGGAAGAGGGCUGAUGUCGAGCCUGCUGCUGUUGAAGUGUUUAUGAGGCAUGCGCCUGGGGAGGAGUUGUUGAAUACGCUGAAGACGGAGCGGAUUCGUUGGCAUCCUGAUAAAAUACAGCAUCGGUAUAGCGCACUUGGAAUUGAUGAGGUUGUUAUGCGCAGUGUUACGGAGGUCUUUCAGAUUGUUGAUCGCAUGUGGAAUGAGGAGAAAGAGCGACAUAGCUGA